AAUGCCCAUUCACUCCCAUCACUGGCCACUUACGCCCAUCACUCUCUCCCUCCCACACCAGAUCAAACCCCCUCCCCCCUUCCAUCCCUCACACUCAACUGGAACGGAACUGGCUCACACUGGCUCCCACUGGCUAAACACUCGGCAUUUCCUCAAGACCUGCCAAGUCAAGCUUGUCUCUCCUCAUCACGUCGCCGCAAUCCUUACUGCAAUUCUUCAAGACCGCAUCGCAGACCAUCACCGAACCUCCCUCGUCGACUGCAUACCGCACCCUUACCUCUACCCUGCCACCCUCUUUGUCUUCCUCUUCGUUAUGUCGUGAGAUGGUAUGGACCAAAACCUCGCCCCUUCCGCCGCCGCUGCUGGACCAGUAUAGUCACCGAGUAUGGAGGCUCGGGCGACUCCCCUCCCAACUCGCGCCAGCGAGUUCCACGACUGUACCCCUCUGCAACUGCCCUCGGGCGGCCUCGUAGAGAUCGCUCCUGACUACACAAUCACCCUCACACAGAUCGCGACAUUCGUCCCGUCAUGCCACUCCGGGAAUCCUCACGAUGUGGAGGCCCUCCCUGGGGUCAACUCCAUGGCUGAUAUCAAGGAACCUUUCCAUGCCUCUAUCAUGCCACAAGCCUAUGCCACCGGUGCUGCAACUGUCGUCGCGUGGAUGCUCGUAAUUAUGCUAAUCAUUACACCACGCACAUUCUUCGUCGGCGGAGCGUCGAGCAGGUCGGGUCUAUUGGGAAGACGCGGGAUGAUUAGUGGGGCAACAGGAGGAGGAUCGAUCAUAGGCGUUGGAACCCGACCAUGGCUACAGAAGGUCGCUGCGCUGACCGUUGCCGUCUCCCUGACCCUCGCCACGGCCGACACGUUCAAAAUCGGCCAGCGCCAGUACGAGGACGGUUUCAUGGACGCCAUGAAGUUGAGAGAUCAGGUCGUAUCCGGCAUGGAGAUCAAAGUCUCACGCGUCAUUUCCGACAUAUUCCUUUGGCUCGCCCAGGUCCAAACCUUGAUUCGUCUCUUCCCGCGCCACAAAGAGAAGGUCAUUAUUAAAUGGGUCGGAUUCGCCUUGAUUUUGCUCGAUAUCACUUUCACAUCUCUCAACAGUUUCGGUCCUUAUAACGACAACCGCCGCCCUCGCCAUUUUGAAACCGCCAUUCCCGCAUUGAGUUAUCUGUUCCAGUUAUCCCUUAGCAUGCUUUACGCCGCAUGGGUUCUCUAUUACGCCAUCACCAAGCGAAGAUAUGCUUUCUAUCAUUCCAUGAUGUGGAAUAUGAGCGUAGUCGCUCUUGUCUCUAUCAUCGCUAUUCUUACUCCCGUCGUCUUCUUCAUUACCGAUAUUUCGGAUUACACCAUUGCCGGAUGGGGUGAUUACUUCCGUUGGGUGGGAGCCGCUGCUGCUAGUGUUAUUGUUUGGGAAUGGGUGGAACGCAUAGAAGCGUUAGAAAGAGAAGAAAGGAAGGACGGAAUUUUAGGAAGAGAGAUUUAUGAUGGGGACGAGAUGUUGGACGACACACCUUCACAAGAGGCCGCCUGGCCGAGAUCGAAACACUUAUCCGACGACACCAAAAAGCCCAAGGAUGGAGGAAGCGGUGGAGGCGCAUUCACCUCAGGCGCUCUCGGCCACGGCUUGAGCAACAUAGCCCAUCGAUUUGGGCGAUCUAAACAAGAACAAGUACGAGAGUCGACAAAAGCUCGACGCACAAUCCACAUACCCGCACCCCAACCGGCACACCGCCGAUCAAAUUCUGCUCAUCGAUCACCACGAAACUCACGAGCCUUUGAGGAGAUACAAGGCCCUCCACCAGCCGUGGCCUCGCCAGUCAGUAGAACAGAUACCACCAGUGCAGAUAGCACGGUGUACACGAUACGAUACCACCCUAUCAGUGUCUCACCACCAAAUCACGUAGACCCGGCCUCACAGAACCGAUUGAGGCGGACCUUCUCGGACAGAGGCACGGAGCUGCUACACAACUCGACGUCUUCGAGCGAAGACCCUGAGAAGGCCAUCGAAGUCACAGAGGAGAACGACCUGGCCCAAGCAAAGAGCAAGUGGAAUUGGUACAACCCCUUCAACCGGAGAGGGCGCUCUCCACCACCGGAAGUGCUUGCUGGCCGUGUAAUUGAACCACUCAGUGUCGAGGAUGUUACGGCAAAUGUGCCACCUCGGAACUACACUGGACUCGCACUGAAGGACCGCCUGGGUACAUUUGCAGCCCAGCAGGGUGAGCGGUUCAGAACGAAGAAGAAUGCUGGCCAACAAAGCGAACAGAACCUCCCUGUCACAAUCAUCCCAGCCCAACCACGUGGGCGCACCUGGUCGCCAGAGAUAUUGAACCAGCAACGGGAUGCACAAGGAGAGCAGCAGACUGAACAGGAAACCGAGGUGUCAGCAUCGACUGGCAUGCAAUUCGAUCACACUCCACCUCGCUCCGUACCGCCUGUUAACGAUGGAACCCUGGGCCGGCCAAUGCCUUCUGGAUCUGCCAGUCAUGACAACACAGAAGCUGGCUUUGACGAGUCUGCUUCAUCCUCAGAGCGAGCCUCUCAUGUUCGCUUCACACCGGAUUCCUUUCAACGACCAGGCGAACGCCAGCCAAGUGGCACCGCAAGCAGGAUACCGUCUCGGACGCCAUCAUCAGUAGGCUUUGGCCCUGAGUUACGGCAAACCCCUCCUCACUCUACACCGUCGCCGUACAAUCGCCAACCUCCUGCAUCUGGCAACUUAAACAGCAUACAACAAACACCGACAAAUCAUGACAGGUAGUGGCAAAGGCACCACCAGUCAUUUCAUUUGUUGUUAAUCUUAAAAUUCAUGACGGCGCAUCUUUGGCGGGUAGAUACCACUCACACGACGCGGAAAGCAUUUGGCAUUGGAAUCGAUUUUGGAACUGCAUAUCAGGCGCAUGUAUUGAAGCAACUUUUAUUUCUUUGAAUUGGAUUGGAAAUCGGAUUUACUUGGAGAAUAGGGUGUUGGAAUCGGUAACAAGGAUACCCAGUAAGCUACGAGACUUCUCGUCUUGAAGCAUAUCAUCUAGUUUGAUGGAGCGCUACACGUUUGAAGAUGCACAACAAUUGCAAUCUCAGCACUGUCAACUUGAGAGCAAUGAAGUAAGAAGUGACCGUAGACUAUUAAUAGUCAAUAAAAAGC